UAACUGUAACGGUGGCAUUAAUUUUGAUUUAUUUUACUCAAAUUCCAUCCGAAGCAGUCAUUUCUGAGUAAAAUGACCCACAUCGAUGUGAAUUAGGACAAUUUUAACAAUUUUUUUACAUUCCGACAACCAAUAAUUAUUACUACAUGACGAAAAUUUUGUGUUUGUAUCGUUAAUUUUGAAAAAUGACUGAUAAACCACUUUCAGAUAAGAAACUAAGGAGGUUGUUGAAGAAACAGGCUUUGAAAGAUAAUAAAUCUCAAAUAGACAGCAGCGUUUUCAAACUACCCAAAGAGUGGGAACACCCACCGAAACAUUUGAAAGGCAAAGAUAUAGGAUUAUGGCAUAGAGAUAAAAGGCAGCUUAUGAAACAAAUCGAAGACUUGAAGCAUAAAAUGGAGAAGAAACCGAAGCUAACGAAAAAGGAGCGGAAAGCUUUAACCGAAGCGGUUUCCAAAGUAGAUAUGUCCGGUAAAGUACAGAAAAAGGAUAAGAAGACUAAGAACUUAUCCAAGAAGGAGAAACGAGCAUUACGUACCCUGGAAAAACAAAUCGAAGAAGAUCAAAGUGGCCUGUAUAGAAUUUCGUUCGAUCCCGAUAGAGAACGAAUGAUCGACGAGUUCUUGAAAUCUAUCGACAACCAACCACCUGCGUUUUUAUUAAAUCAUCUCAAGUAUCAUCAACGUUUGAAAUCGACUAAUGCUCCAACUAAAGCUAGUUCUGAUCAAGCAGACGUUAGUAGUAAAUUGGGUGAAGAAGUAGAAAAUUUCGACGAUGAUUAUUUCUACGAAACCGUAGACAGGCUCAAGAGUAUGCCGGAGUCACUUCCGGAGAAUUGGAAACAGUUACCUGAGCCUGUCAUCAAGCAUUUCUUAUCCAAUGGUGAGUUCGGUGAACUAGAUAGUUUCGCUGGACCGUCGGAUCAGGAUCAGAAUGAUCAACGUAUGGAUGUCUACGAUGACUUCAAUCGAAGACCAGCCGAUUCAGAUAAUUUCUCGAGUUCGUUUACUGACGACAGAAGUAUAUUUGAUUCGAUGGAUAAAUAUAAACACUUGGAGGAUACGCCGUUCAAACGUCAAUUCCUCAGUGUGAUGUCUGGUUCUAUUCAAGCAACUUUAGAAAAAGCUGUUCGCGUUAAUUCUAGAUUGCAAAGGAAUAGAACCUUGGAUGCGGAAGUUCCGCAUCAGAUUCGUAUGAAAAGUGGAAGACAGCAGGUUCGAAACAUGCUCGAAGUUAGAAGAAAUCUUCCAGCUUACAGCAUGCAACAUGAAAUACUCAAUUUAAUCAAUAACUAUCAAGUGGUGCUGAUUAGCGGAGAAACAGGCUGUGGUAAAACUACCCAAGUGGCUCAGUUCAUUCUGGACGAUGCCAUCGCUCGAGGAAACGCUUCCUUGUGUAAUAUUAUUUGCACGCAGCCUCGUCGUAUCAGUGCUAUAUCAGUUGCCCAACGUGUAGCCGACGAACGAGGAGAGAUUCUCGGAAGAGAAAGUGUCGGUUACCAAAUUCGACUCGAGAAAAAAAUUGGUCGAAGGAAAGCAGCCAUUUUGUUUUGUACGACCGGUAUUUUACUCCAGUUCAUGCAAAGUGAUCCUGCUCUUUCCAAGUAUUCUCACGUGAUUUUAGAUGAAAUCCACGAACGAGACAUCAUGUGCGAUUUCGUGUUAACUAUUUUAAAAGAUAUUAUUUCCAAACGAACUGAUUUAAAAGUUAUUUUAAUGAGUGCUACGUUAAACGCCGAACAAUUUUCGAGGUAUUUUGACGAUUGCCCUAUGAUCAAUAUACCCGGAUAUACGCACCCGGUUGAAGAAUUUUACCUCGAGGAUGUUUUAAAUUACACCAAAUUCGAUUUCCCUAAAAAGAAAAACAGUGAUAUGGAUGAAGGAUUCAAAAAUAGCGUACUUCCUUACGUCGAAUAUUUAAGACAAAACAGGAUGUAUCCUGAAUACGUGCUCAAAGAAUUAUCUAAUCCUGAAUCUGAACGUAUUAAUCCGGAUUUGAUCGUAGAAUUAGUGAAAGUAAUCUGCGAACAAAAAAAGGACGGUGCUAUUUUAAUAUUUAUGUCUGGUAUGGACGAUAUAAACUCGGUUUCGAAGAAAAUAACCAAUGCUGAUUUCUUUUCUCCAGAUCGAUUUUUGGUCAUACCGCUUCAUUCGAUGUUGCCUACGACGAAUCAGAGGACUGUUUUUGAUCGUCCUCCUCCUGGUAAAAGAAAGAUCGUAAUAGCGACGAAUAUCGCCGAAACCUCGAUCACCAUCGACGACGUUGUCUUCGUGAUAGACUGUGGACGUGUUAAGAUAAAAAAUUUCGAUGUUGGAAACAACAUAUCGACUCUGAAGCCUGAAUUCGUCAGCUUAGCGAAUGCUCGUCAAAGACGCGGACGAGCGGGAAGAGUUCAAAGCGGCGUUUGCUACCAUUUAUUUUCUCGAGGUCGCGAACAAGCUUUAGAUGAUUAUCCUUUACCGGAAAUGAUGCGUACUCGAUUGGAAGAAGUGAUCUUGAACAUCAAACUGCUCCAACUUGGCAAAGUUGGUCCGUUCCUUCAACGAGUUCCUGAUUCACCGGAUCCUAAAGCUGUUUCGUUAGCUCUAAAGUUACUUUUGGAUAUAAACGCGUUGGACGAGAACGAAAAUUUCACGCCGUUAGGAUAUCAUCUGGCGAAACUCCCUCUCGAUCCUCAAAUCGGUAAAAUGUUACUAAUGGGCGUUACUAUGAGCUGUCUUGUUCCGAUUUUAAGCAUCGCAGCUACUCUCAGUUUCAAAGAUCCGUUCUACUUACCUCUUAACGAAGAAAAGAAACUAAACGAACGUAAAUUAGUUCUCGACAAGGGUCAUAAAAGUGAUCAUCUGAUCAUGGCCGAAGUCAUGGAUCAAUGGGAGAGGCUAGAACGAAAAAAUUACAAGAAAUUCUGCGACGAUAAUUACCUCGUUAAAGGUAACCUGUUCCAGCUGAAAGAUUUAAAGUUACAGUUCGCGCAGUAUUUAUGCGAAUUGGGAUUUUUACCGAGUACCGAUUACAAGCAAAACAAAUUCAACAGAAAUUCCUGCAACAUUGCGUUAAUCAAAGCGGUAAUAUGCUCAGGAUUGUACCCGAAUGUUGCUAUUAUCGAUUCUAAAACGAAAAACAAGAAAAAGAUCACGUUGAAAACUUUCGAAGACGGACGUGUCCUGCUGCAUCCGAAAUCGGUAAACGCAGUUCAGCCGAGUGGAUUUGAAAGCUCGUUUUUAGUCUACCACGAGAAACUCCGAUCGAGCAAUAUUUUCCUGCACGAUACGACAAUGGUGCCGACUUUACCGUUAUUGAUAUUUUGUCACGAUUAUUAUCUAACUACCGGCAAGAAAGACGAAGUGAUUAUCGAGUUAAAUAAACGUCUAAGGUUUUCGUGUACCGCCAAAGUUGCAGAUAUGAUCGAGGAAUUGAAGCUUCGUUUGUGUUGGUUGCUCGAGUAUCAGUUAUCUCAUCCUGGACAUACCAGCACAGGCUCCGAUAUCGAAUUACUCAGAGUUCUAACUAAUUUAUUUACGACCGAAAACGAUGUAAUGAUGAAGAACAACAAUUGCGAAGAAUCGUCGACCUAGUGGUUCUGUUCGGAAUUUACGAUGGAUUAGUUUGUUAUCUUCUGUGUUCCUGCAUUUUACUUUUUUUAUUUACUCAUUUGAAAGUGUUAUUUUUUUGUUUCUAAUGAAUUUAAGAAUUAUUGAAUGCGAAUAGAAUGUGAUUGUUUUGGUAUUAAAAUUUUCGAUUUCGAA